AACCCCUCUUAAACUUUCUCUUUGGAGAUUUCCUGUAAAUUCACUCCAUCAUACUUCACUCUUCCUCUUCAAAUAACAUUUCUGUCGAAUUUCAUACUUUUUGGGGGGAUAAUUUCGAUCUAAAGAAGCUGCAAUGUUGAUUAGAUUAGGGUUAAUUGUAUGCUUACUCGCAUUAAUCCCAAUUAAAUCACAAGCAGCAGUGUUAAGCAUAGAUCUAGGUUCCGAAUGGCUAAAAGUUGCCGUCGUUAAUCUUAAACCAGGCCAACCUCCGAUUUCAAUCGCAAUAAAUGAAAUGUCUAAGCGCAAAUCCCCAAAUUUGAUCUCAUUUCAAUCUGGAAUUCGGUUGAUCGGGGAAGAAUCCGCUGGUUUGAUCGCUCGUUAUCCCGAUAAAGUUUACGCCCAAAUUCGUGACCUAAUCGCCAAACCUUACAACUAUUCCAAACAAAAGUUCGAUUCUUUCUACCUACCGUACCAAAUUGUGGAAGAUUCUAGAGGUGUUGCGGCGAUUAAGACGGAUGAUGGCGAGGUUUAUUCACUGGAGGAAAUGCUGGCGAUGAUUUUGAGUUAUUCGUUGGAUUUAGCUGAGUUUCAUUCUAAAGUCGCGGUGAGGGAUGCGGUGAUUAGUGUGCCAGCGUAUUUUGGGCAAUCGGAGCGAAAGGCAGUGAUUCAAGCUGCUCAAUUGGCUGGUGUUAAUGUGUUGUCCUUGAUUAAUGAGCAUUCUGGGGCUGCUUUGCAGUAUGGAAUUGACAAGAAGUUUGCGAAUGAUUCAAAGUAUGUUGUGUUUUAUGAUAUGGGUGCUACUAGUACUUAUGCUGCCCUGGUUUAUUUCUCUGCUUAUGAUACUAAGGACUAUGGAAAGACUCUUUCUGCCAAUCAAUUUCAGGUUAAGGAUGUGGUUUGGAAUGCUGAACUUGGUGGUCAAGAUAUGGAAUUGAGGUUGGUGGAGUACUUUGCUAACGAGUUUAAUAAGCAGCUUGGAAGCGGGGUUGAUGUAAGGAUGUAUCCGAAAGCAAUGGCUAAGUUGAAGAAGCAAGUCAAGCGUACUAAAGAAAUUUUGAGCGCGAAUACAGUGGCUCCAAUAUCAGUUGAGUCUAUCCAUGAUGAUCGUGACUUCAGGAGUUCUAUAAGCCGUGAGAAGUUUGAAAAGCUUUGUGAAGAUCUGUGGGAAAAAGCUCUUGUCCCGCUAAAGGAAGUCCUUCAGAAUUCAGGUUUGCGAGCUGAUGAGAUAUCUGCUGUGGAACUAAUUGGAGGUGCCACUCGAGUUCCAAAAUUGCAGGCUAAGCUUCAAGAAUUUCUUGGGAGGAAACAGCUGGACAAACAUUUGGAUGCUGAUGAAGCUAUAGUUCUAGGUGCAGCAUUGCAUGCAGCUAAUUUAAGUGAUGGAAUAAAACUGAAUAGAAAAUUGGGAAUGAUUGAUGGUUCUACAUAUGGCUAUGUGAUGGAAUUGGAUGGUCUUGAUCUCGUGAAAGAUGAAACCACAAAGCAAGUCCUUGUACCGCGCAUGAAGAAGGUUCCUAGUAAGAUGUUCCGAUCAAUUAUUCAUCAGAAAGACUUUGAUGUGUCUUUAUCUUAUGAGAACAAAGACUCGAUGCCACCUGGUGUUUCUUCUCCCAUAUUUUCUCAGUAUACAGUCUCUGGUUUGGCCAAUGCCACCGAAAGAUACGCAUCUCGGAAUCUCUCUGCUCCGAUCAAGGCAAAUCUACAUUUCUCUUUAAGUAGAAGUGGAGUGCUAACCUUAGAUCGUGCAGAGGCUGUUAUUGAGAUAACUGAGUGGGUAGAAGUUCCUAAAAAGAAUCUGACUGUGGAUAACUCCACCUCAGCAAAUAUAUCUGCGAACUCAUCUGCGGAAGCAGGGAGUGGGGAUUCUGCUGAAGAAGGUAAAGAAAACUUGCAGAAUGAUGGCAGCAAAAAUGAUUCCUCUAACUCCAAAACAACAGAAGAAAAUGUUUUGGAGGUUACUGAAAAGAAACUAAAGAAGCGGACCUUCAGGGUGACCUUGAAGGUGGCUGAGAAGACAAUCGGAGCUGCAAUGCCAUUUUCUGAAGAGUCUCUGGCUGAUGCGAAGCAAAAGCUGGCAGUACUUAACAAGAGAGAUGCAGAGAGAAGGAGGACAGCAGAGUCGAAAAAUAAUCUGGAAGGAUACAUAUACUCAACCAGAGAAAAGAUUGAAUCAUCUGGGGAAGUCGAAAAAGUUUCAACUACUGAGGAGCGACAAUCGUUUAGUGCAAAGCUUGAGGAGAUCCAAGAUUGGCUGUAUAUGGAUGGGGAAGAUGCUACUGCUGGAGAAUUUGAAGAACAUCUAAAGAUGUUGAAAGCUAUUGGUGAACCCAUAUUUUUCAGAAUGGAUGAAUUGACUGCUCGUCCGGAAGCAAAUAAACAAGCUAAAAGAUAUCUUACUGAGCUAGCAGAGAUUGUACGUGGCUGGGAAAAGAACAAAUCCUGGAUCUCAAAAGACAAAAUAGAUGAGGUUCUGAAUCGCGCUGAUAAGUUUAGGAAGUGGUUAGAUGAGAAGCAAACUGAACAGGAUAAGAUUUCUGUUUCAAGUGUGCCUGUAUAUACUUCCGAGGAAGUGUUUGACAAGUUAGCUGAUCUUCAGGCUGAGGUUGCUAGGGUGAACAGGAUCCCAAAACCAAAACCCAAAGUAGAGAAACCCGUUAAAAAUGACACGAACAGUGAAAAGGCAGAAAAUGCUUCAAAGGAUUCUACUUCAGGCGCUGGCGAGGGGAGCUCUACCAGCAAGGGAGCUUCAGAUAAUGCCGACACAGAGGCUGAACUUCGUGAUGAAUUGUGAUAUGGUUAGCUUAGCUACCCCGGUGAUAAUUCUUGGUUGAUUAGCAAUUACUUUCCUGCCCUUGUUGGAACAAAUAUCUUUCUAACGGACGCAGAGUAAUCCUCGAACUACAUUCCUCGCCGACAUAUUUAUCGGCUCAGAGACCAGUUCGAGCCUUGAGCCAUAGGUUCCUGAGCCAGUUCCGACCCGUUUUUCAUUGGACUGGGAUACAAAAUUUUGUUAGAAAAUACUCAAAAUAGCAAUUAUAGAGUACUUGUAUUAACACCUUGUGUUUGUGCUAUCUUUGUUGGCACAUGUUGGAUCAAGUACAGUAAUAACAUUUUGCCAUAUUUAUAGGCUUAACAGCAAUCGUUCUCUUGUUCUUGCAAAUACUUGAUAGUCUAGUACAUGUACUAAGAUAUUAAUGCUAUGUCCUGCUCGUGUUUUCUUUUCGUUCACGUGUUCGUAUUAGACCUGGUUAUUGGACAUGUACUAAGAUAUUAAUGCUAUGUCCUGCUCGUGUUUUCUUUUCGUUCA